UACCUAUACAAGAAAUAAUGAAAUAAUCAUUGUAAAUUAUAAUUUAAAAUUAGGACACUGGGCAGUGGGCAAAUGGUCAAAGCUGCAUAGUGCAGCACCUAGUGCAGCAGUACCUGUAAAGCUUGAAUUUACUAUUUGAUACACAUAACAAUUUAAAUCAAGGUCUAAUGACUACUAGCCGACUGUUUAUCUGUUCUAAUUUUUAAUUGAUAGCUGAACGAUACUAUAAAAUCUAUAAUAGUUAACGUAGAAACCUCUUAUAAGAAAGUUGGAUCAAGUUAAAAAGUAAAAGCAAUGGACGGACCCUCAAGACCCAGGAAGAAGCUCAAGGCAUGCGCGCAAGUAGCAACCAACGUUGUGGAGCAGAAACACCAAGUUUCCAGGGCCAAGCGAAGCAGGGCCUUCGGAAGUAAGGCCUUCAGGGGCAGCACUGUUUGGUUCACUGGUCUCAGUGGAGCGGGCAAGACCAGUAUUGCCUUCGCAUUGGAAGCGUACCUCGUAUCUAAAGGCAUUCCAGCAUACGGUCUAGAUGGAGACAAUAUUCGCACAGGCCUUAACAAGAACCUCGGCUUCAGUAAAGAGGAUCGGGAAGAGAAUAUCCGAAGAGUGGCAGAAGUGGCCAAACUUUUCGCGGAUAGUGGCGUCGUCUGUUUGUGCAGCUUUGUGUCCCCGUUUGCAGAGGAUAGAGAGGUAGCUCGUCGUACCCACACGGAUUCGGAUCUUCCGUUUUUCGAGGUGUUCAUUGAUACACCGCUAGAAGUAUGUGAACAACGUGACACCAAAGGGCUGUAUAAGAAGGCUCGUGAUGGACAAAUAAAGGGAUUCACAGGAAUCACACAAGAAUAUGAGCGUCCAGAAGCUCCUGAGUUAGUUAUAGAGACAGUUGGCCGUUCUGUGGAAGAAUCCACCAUGGAGGUUAUUAAGCUGCUUGAGGCUCAGGGUGUAAUUCCUCACUUCGAAAGCGUAUCUGGUGUGGAGGAGCUUUUCAUAUACGGCAACAGAUUGAGCAGUGCUAUCGAGGAAGCUGCAAGGUUGCCGCAAAUUGAGCUUACAAAGCUCGACAUGCAAUGGGUUCAAGUAUUAUCGGAAGGUUGGGCGUAUCCAUUGAAAGGAUUUAUGAGGGAAAUUGAAUAUUUACAAGCGCUCCACUCCAACUGUCUAACACUAUCCGACGGCACUAUCGUCAACCAAUCCGUGCCCAUAGUGUUGCCAGUUAAAACGGAGGACAAAGAACGAAUGACCGGUUCUAAAGCGAUUUCCCUGGUAUAUGAGGGUAAAAGUGUUGCCGUGCUACGGUCGCCGGAGUUUUACCCGCAUAGGAAACAGGAGAGAUGCAGUCGCCAGUUUGGCAUUUAUAAUACUGGCCACCCUUAUAUCAAGAUGAUCGAAGAAUCCGGCGAUUGGCUAGUAGGCGGCAACCUAGAGGUGUUCGCUCGGGUCCGCUGGAACGACGGGCUCGACGCGUUCCGCCUGACGCCCAACGAGCUGCGCCGCAAGUUCAGGGAGCUCAAUGCGGACGCUGUUUUCGCUUUCCAGCUCCGCAAUCCCAUUCACAAUGGGCACGCUCUGCUGAUGCAAGACACGCAGCGGCAACUCAUCGAAAGGGGAUACCAGAAACCGGUACUUCUAUUGCAUCCACUGGGCGGUUGGACAAAAGACGACGACGUGCCCCUAGAGGUCCGUAUCAACCAACACAAGGCGGUGCUCAACGAGGGUGUGUUGGACCCGCAGUCCACCAUACUGGCUAUAUUUCCCUCGCCCAUGAUGUAUGCGGGACCUACUGAGGUACAAUGGCACGCCAAGUGCCGUAUGAACGCAGGGGCCAACCACUACAUAGUGGGGCGGGACCCCGCGGGCCUGCCGCACCCCGACGGGUCCGGGGACCUGUUCGACCCGCGACAUGGCGCCAUGUUGCUGGCUGUUGCACCGGGCCUUAAUGAUCUGGAGAUCAUUCCAUUCCGCGUUGCCGCCUACGACGCAUCUGUUGGCAAGAUGGCGUUCUUCGAUCCCACCAGGAAGGAAGAUUUCGAUUUCAUAUCUGGAACAAGGAUGAGAGGCCUCGCUCGUGCUGGCAAGGAACCGCCAAAAGGAUUCAUGGCGCCAUCCGCCUGGAAAGUAUUAUCAGAAUAUUACCAGUCUUUAAAAUCCAAAAUGGACACAAACUAAUUAUAGUAACUUAUUUAAGAUCACUAUUUAAGAAUCGUUUAUUUGGCACAAAUGUUUUAAUUUAAAUUUAUUAUAUUAUAUUAUUAUAAAUCAAAUAUUAUUGUGAAUAUCUCAAUGUGAGUGCAAUGUUUAAUGUUUUUAUUACAUUCCUAUUUUCGUUUGUGUAAUUUUACACAUUCCAGUAUUUUUUGUAACAAAAUAGCGAAAUCGAUGUAUAUUACUGUUAAUUUAUUCGGUUAAGAACAAUAGUUGAAGUAUUAUAUUUUAAAUAUUUAAAGGGAAGGGUCCUUGUUAAUUUUUAAAAGAUUUUAAAAUGUAUAUUUUAAACAUAAAGUAUAAUUAUGGUGCUUGAA